AUGGCACAAGCCGAUGCAAGAAAGGAAGUAGCGGAGAGCAUUGGAUACAUCACACUAGUCCGGAGUUUCAGUACGUGCCACAGAUUGCACAGCCUGACGUUGAGUGAUGAGGUAAACCAGAAGAUAUUUGGGAAGUGUAACAAUCCCAACGGCCAUGGACACAACUACAAAGUGGAGGUGACAGUUCGGGGAAAAGUACAACACCACACAGGCACGGUGAUGAACAUUACAGAUCUGAAGCAGCACAUCGAGCUCCACCCAGGAACAGCGGAGCAAUCUCCACCCCCACGAGGUCACAGAGACAGCACCCUGGACCCCCCAGCCACGGCCACAGCACAGAAUACCCCAGACCAACCCAGACGAGGCCUACCUCCCCCUCUGCAGACCCACACCUGGAGGAGCCACAGCCCGGCAGGCAGAGCCAUGCACAAGCUGUGA